AACAGUGGAAUCUCUGCACCUGAGGCUACUUUGGACCCUGGUCACUCUGCUCAGCUUCACACUGGAGUCAUCAACCAGUCAAGUCUUGAUCUUCGUUUGAUUGAGUACUUGGCUCAGGAUUGGUCUUCUGUAUAUAGACUCAACAGUGAUCAGGAAGAGAUCACCUUCAUUGUGUUCAAGUCUCUAAGAGAGGAUGCAGACGAAGAUGGAGAUGCAGUGGAGAGGAAGAGGGCUGAGCUGGAUAUAGCAGUUCAUGUUAAAUAUGAUCUGGGGCAGAUGGUGGUUGCUAUCCAUUCACCGUACUGGAUGAUAAAUAAGACGGACAGGUUGUUGCAGUACAAGGCUGAUGACAUUCACCGCAAACAUCCCAUGGACUACAAGAUGCCGUUGCUCUUUUCAUUCAAGCCUCGGUACUUCUUGCGAAACAAUAAGGUUCGUCUUAUGAUCUCAGAAAGUGAACUAUCUGAUGAAUUCUCUCUGGACACAGUUGGGAGCCACGGGGAUGUGAAAUGCAAAGGCAGAUUCAAAGAUUAUCUGGUCGGUGUGAAGAUCGAUGCAAGCAGUUUCAGUCUGACCCGCAUUGUGACCUUUGUGCCCUUCUACAUGCUGGUCAACAGAACUAAGCACAGUGUGUUCAUAUGCGAAGACGGGCAAGAAACUUGGACUGAGGCAAAACCAGAAGAGUCAGCCAUCCCUUUCUGGCCUGAGAGUGACACUAAGAAGCUUAAAAUUAAAGUAGAAGCUUCCUUAUCGCCUCCAGUGACUAUCGACUUCAAACGACCAGAGAACUGCUUAUUGCUACAUCUGGACAACAAAGCGGGUGGGAUUAUAGUAGACAUGAAUCUGUCGGAACACUCGGCCACUAUUCAAUUUUCUGACUACCAUGAUGGCGCAGCCCCUUUCCUCAUCAUCAACCACACUAAAAGUCAGACUCUUCAGUUCCAUCAGAGUGUCCGGACAGAAUCCUCGUGGGUGGCUGACGAGAUACUUGACCUCUCCUUCUCAGUGGAGGAGGACAGCUCUCAGAAAAAGGCGGAGCAUGAGGAGCUGGAGGCUGGGAAAGCUGUGUACUACACCUGGACUGAGCCCACUGGGUCACGAGCGCUCUCCUGGAAAUGCAGCACUUACUCUGGGACACUAAAGAGUGAAGAGGACCUGCGAGAGGACGUAAACAAGGAGGGCAAACUUUUUGUGAUUUCCUUUUAUGAAGGUCUCCAGCGUGUUGUGCUGUUCACUGAGGAGCGACGGGUCUUCAAGAUGCUCUGUGACAAUGAGAAGGUGCAGGUUGCUCAACAGGAAAUCAUCCUGACACUACGGCAUGUGGGCCUAUCGCUGGUGAACAACAGCACCAACCAAGAGGUUGCCUUCAUUGGGAUCACAAGCUCUGAUGUUGUGUGGGAAUUCAAACCUAAGAAGAAGAGUCGAUGGAAGCCUCUGACCAUUAAAGAAGCUGAAAUUAUGGAGGACAAGUUCAAAGACUACCAGGAAUCUGGGGCCGUAGACAAGGCAAUUUUCGAUUUGGAAAACGGCUUUCAGGUGUUCUUUAAUCCCACUGGCCAGGACAUGCAGAUAAUGAAGCCAUGUGAUGCUCCUCUUAGGAGGCACUUCUUGCCGGGUGUGAAGGUGGAGUACAGCAUUUCACCACGACAGAGCGCCUAUCGUAUCCAAGUUCACCGGAUACAGAUCCAGAAUCAGCUACCUGGGGCCAUCUUCCCUUACGUUUUUUACCCCGUGAAACUGCCAAAGUCUGUCGCCAUGGAGACAGAACCCAAACCUCUAACUGAUAUCAGCAUUGUUACCCGAGCAGCGGGGCACUCUGAUAUCUCACGCAUCAAGUACUUUGCGGUUUUAAUUCAGGAGAUGGAUCUAAAACUUGAUCUGGGCUUCCUGUACGCCAUCCUGGAGCUGUUCUCCCCAGAGAAUGACAGCAUAACGAGCGCAGAACAGGAGGUGGAACUGUUUGAAAAGGACAUAACGAACAUAAAGACAGAACUGAACCAUGUCUCUGCUGCUGACAAAUCUCCCAUCAGCCUCUACGAGUACUUCCACAUUUCCCCCAUUAAGCUGCACCUGAGUUUCUCUCUGAGCACAGGCGGAGAGGAUGGCUUGAAGCAGAAGAGAGAUUCGGAACUGAUCCCUGUGCAGUCGCUAAAUCUGUUGCUAAAGAGUAUCGGCGCGACGCUCACUGAUGUGCAGGAUGUUGUCUUCAAGCUGGCCUUUUUUGAAUUGACCUACCAGUUCUACACCACUCAGCAGCUCCAGUGGGAGGUCCUCAGACAUUAUUCUAAGCAGGCUAUUAAGCAGAUGUAUGUGCUGGUGCUGGGCCUCGAUGUUCUUGGAAACCCAUUUGGACUGAUCAGAGGAUUGUCAGAAGGGGUGGAGGCUUUCUUUUAUGAGCCCUAUCAGGGAGCCAUCCAGGGCCCUGAGGAGUUUGUUGAAGGAAUGGCUCUUGGGGUUAAGGCGCUGGUGGGAGGAGCUGUAGGCGGUAUUGCAGGUGCAGCCUCCAGGAUAACAGGUGCCAUGGCAAAGGGUGUCGCAGCGAUGACAAUGGAUGAAGAGUACCAGCAGAAGAGACGAGAAGCUAUGAACAAACAGCCCAGCGGUCUGAGAGAGGGGCUGACCAGGGGUGGAAAAGGACUGGUGUCUGGAUUUGUCAGUGGGAUCACAGGGAUCGUUACCAAACCUAUUAAAGGGGCCCAGAAAGAGGGGGCAGCGGGCUUUUUUAAAGGUGUUGGAAAAGGUUUGGUUGGUGCAGUAGCUCGACCAACAGGAGGCAUUAUUGACAUGGCCAGCAGCACUUUCCAAGGGAUCAAGAG